GGAGGUGGUUCUCGUAGUACUAUGUUGAACAGCAGCAUUCCUGUCGCCGAGCAACAGAGGAUCGUCACAGCGCCGCGCAUCAGCAGUCGCGAGGUCGUGACCGGCGGUGGCACAACGGCCGUUGCAACGACGUCAAGCUCUCCAUCUACUUCCGCUGUGGAGCCUAGUCUACUCGCGAGCAGCUCGACCAAACCCCGCCCCGCGCGCAAGGUGCAAGGAGUGGGAGCUGGUGCGCCGAGUCCGAGCGGAACUGCAGCUCCUGCAUCGAGUAGCAGUGUCGUGUCUUCUUCCACCUCCUCUGUGCUACGCGAGUCUACCACUGCGACUGGCUCAGGACAACUACAACUACGCGAAGACCGGCUCAUCUCGCACCAGGAACAGCGGGCAAGUAUGCACUGCAAAUUUUUUGUCCUCUGGGUCUGCAAGGAUACAACUCUGUCAUGCGUGUGUACUCAAAUGACUGUUAAGUCUGUGUAUUGCAUUGUGCUUAGUCCAACUUCUAUUCACAGAUCAUGAGUUGUGUCACAACUCUCCAGGCCCAGAUCGAUAUUUGCAGUUGAUAGCGAGCAGGAACAUGCAAUCUAGCCCGGUCGAUCCGCUGUCGCGCCCCAUUCAGAUCAACGACGAGUUCUACAGAGAAGUAAAAAACUCGACGUCCUCGAUAUAAUCCGCUCAGGUGUUACAAUCUCAAAUCGGUUGCAAUGGAAUAUGGAAAUCUGUGAUGCAAGAGUGCAUGAUCUAGCCAACUCUCAUAGGGUUGCGCAUGACAAGUUCCGGAGCCCCGAACCCCACUACGAACUGGAGAUAUUUGCAUUGCAGAAAGUGGAAUGGUCUGCGAGUCUGUCAUGCUCAUGAUGCAACACAAAUUCCAACCUCUAUGGUAACCGGUUUGAGACUGUGACGUUUGAGCACGUCAUACUCGAAAAGCACCGACCGCGAGGCGGAGGGGAACAGCUGUUCCGUCGAGGUCGUGCAGAU